CUCUGGGUUACUGGUGUUAUCUACGUUACUUUUAUCAACUGAAGAGAAUUUGCUAUUAUUUCAGUUAAAAAGUCUGAACGGCUAUUUUGCCCAUGGGUAGAUUGUGCUAGUUUGUCUGUGGAAAACUAGAGUGAAAUUGAGUUCAUCUGUGAGCAAAAUAACCAACUAACAUCAAUAGAAUUGUGUGACAGUCAGCAAAGAGAAAUGUUUGUUUUGAGACUAAAACUGAGGUACCCUUUGAUUUCCUUAUUUCCCUAUUUUUACACAGGACCUUUCUCCAGUCCUACAAUAUCUUACAGCUGUCUUUAUCACAAGCUGGAGGGAUGUCGUACUCUCUGAUGAACAGGGGUCAGCUGUUAGAGUAGAUGAGGUUGGUUCCGUUUUAUAUUUCCGCCAAGUUGUACGUAUAUCAAAAAAUAGUAUGAAGAGACGGCAGCAUUUGACGGGUCGUUUUGUUGCUACAGUGGAAUGUCAAUUUAACGAACCUUUAUAUAACGAAGCGGCCAAAGUUACAGGUAAACGCAUGUGGCAGAACCUCAAUUUAACGAACCUCGAUAUAACAUAGAGGGUCCAACAUACGUUUGGCGGGAUGCGGAAAGAGAGAAAAAAUGGAGGCGUGAUGCGAAACGACAGAAAUUUUAAUAGCGGGAUGCGGGAUAAAAAUACUACUACGGGAGCAGAAUUUGCCCUGUUUGACAGGGAGGAUGCGGGUUUUCAAAUUGACGGCGGGAUACGGGAUGAAAAAACGAAAAUCACACGUCACGGACAUUACGCGGAGAACUGCAACUCUAACCAGGCGGGAUCGGGAUAAACAUUCCAAAUUGUGCUAGAUUGCGGGAUUGCACCGAAAAUUGUGGCGGGUCGCGGAACUGAAGUAGCUUACAAUGCAACCUCAAUAUUUAGCUUCUUGAUAAAAACGUCAAUUUCCAAAGGCCCAGACGAGGGUCAGACAAGAGCCAUUUUCAACUCGCUGGUGGGAGGAUUAAAGUCGGCAUAGAAAAAACAUCAAAUUUUGCUUACCAUCCUCAGAGAGAUUUGUGCGCUACCUAUUGCAUCGUUAAUUUCAGAUUUUCUAAUGAUAUGACAGCCUAUUCGUGAUGAAUUAGAACAAACCUGAUAAGAUUUACUUGAUUGUAAUUUAAACGAUUAGCAUAUCGUGACUUUCAAAACACAACAAACCCAGCAGUCGUGCUGAAUUUUAUCAUAUGACACCGUGAAGGGUCCUUUGUUAACAGUCUCAAAUUUGAUUGGUUCUACUGACACAGUCGUGACGUUGAUCAAUUCUGAUUUCUCGGAAUCUGUAAUAAUUGUUUCGCAACUGAGAGUCAACCGAGCGACGCGUCGCGAUGGAAUCCCUUUUGAAAAACCUGCAGAAGCAUCUUACUUGCUCGAUUUGUCUCGAUAUCUACAACAAACCCAAGACUAUCUCAUGCCUUCACACAUUUUGCCUUGAGUGUCUGGCGAAUCAUGCAAGAGCGAGCCACAGAGAAGGGAAAUUCAGAUGCCCAGAGUGUCAGGCGCAAAUCGAUUUACCUGAAGGAAAUAACUUCGACAGAUUGCAGAGCAGUUUUUUCCACAACAGCCUGUUGGGUCUGCUUGCCGUCCGACGGAGUGGCGAGGGAAACAGCAUUACUUGUUCCCAGUGUAGGAAGAACAGCCCUCAGAUGUACUAUUGCUUUGACUGUGGACGAUUUAUGUGCCCAGACUGUUUCAACGCACAUGAAAUGCUUAAGGAAUCUUUCGAAGGGCACAGAGUUACACCAGUCAAUGAGUUUAAAGCAGAAGAUUACGAAGCCUUAUUGAAGCGACAACCAUUUUGCUCGCAGGAGUUUCACGAGAAGGAAGUCACCCGAUUCUUCUGCUUCUCGUGUGAAGCUUGUGUGUGCCAAAUUUGCAUAGUCACGGAUCACCGAAACCACGAAAUCGUUUUGCUCGACAAAGCAGCUCGUGACGAGAAACCCGACAUCUUGUCAGGCGCUGAAAUGAUCGAGGAAAAGAUAAGGCAGCUUGGUGAGGUGAUUCGACGAUUUGAAGAAGCGGUUUCUGAGCUGGAAAGGAAUGUCGUAACUGCUAAACGCGGAGUCUCGCAAGCUGCAGACCAAAUGAUCGCAGAAAUUCGUGAGCGCGAGCGAGAGGCGAUUAUCUCACUCGAGACGACACGCGUGACAAGAAUCGAGAGAUUUAACUCCGCUAUACAGGAAGCACAGUCCCUGGUCAAACAAAUGAAGCAAGCGGUUGAGUUUGCUAAUAAUUUGACACAGAGAAGCUCAAGCUCGGAUAUCAUGAGGAACAAGAAAACUUUGAGGCAGAGAUUUGAAGAGCUUGGUUUUACUGAAGUUCCAAAACACGGCGAGACAUCAUUUGUCAAGUUUUCGUCGGCUUCCCCUGUAGAAGGCUUGAAACUGGGUUUUAUUGAGACUGUGGACAUUAAGGUCGACGCAAAUCGAUCAAGGCUUGAAGGGCUGGAUCAAACUCUUCAGGCUGGUGUAGAAGCAGAGUUUACGUUAUACCCCAAAACAUCUGAAGGGAAGACGAGUAACCAGGCUAACCUUAAAGAUCAAGUUGAAGUUGUGAUAGAACCCGCUAAAGAUGUCUCCAAUGUGAUUGUUAGUGAGAAAAAAGACGGUAAUCUUCAAGUGAAGUUUACUCCAAUAGUACCAGGUGCUUACAACAUUGAAGUGAAGAUCAAUGGCGAUAAACUUCCGACCUGUCCUUUUACUACGCAGGUGAAAGAACGUGAGCUUGUUGUAGUGGAUAACUUGGACUUAAAAUUCUUUCAAGGAGACACUCCCCAAGGGUUAUAUGGAAUCGCUGUUAAUAUGGAAGGCAAUAUGAUUGUCACAGAUCAACGUAGGCACUGUGUUUACGUUUUCGAUAACGAAGGCAACUGUUUAAGGAAAACUGGUGGCCGAGGCACAAAAACUGGACAAUUUCAGUUCCCAAAAGGCGUUUCUUUUUUGAACAACAACGAGAUUCUAAUUGCAGACCACGGGAAUCAUAGAAUACAACACUUGAACAUCAAGACAGGAGUUGUGAAGAGCUUUGGAAAGAGUGGUACAGGAAAAGGAGAGUUUCAGAAUCCAAUUGAUGUUUGUCUGGAUGAUGAAGGACGCAUUGUUGUAGCCGAGUACGAGAAUAAUAGGAUACAGGUGAUAUCCAAAGAGGGAGAAACUCGUUCUAUAUUUGGAGACAGUGGUCCGGAGAAACUCGACCGUCCAGUUAGCUGCAUUCCUUUGAAAAACAUCUUUUUCGUUUCGGAUAAAGGCAAUCACUGCGUUAAAGCGUUUAAUCAGUCAGGAACUUUUUUGUUCAAGUUUGGGAUACAAGGGAAUCAAGACGGACAAUUCAUUUACCCGUACUUCAUGCAUGUAGACAGUUCCAAUAAUCUUCUUGUAUGUGAUUCCGGAAACAACCGAGUUCAGCAAUUUUCUUUAGACGGUCGUUUCACAGGCAAAAGUCACGCUGUUUUACCAGAUCCUGUUGGAAUAACAACAGCACCGGACGGAAGUAUUCUCGUGACUAGUUAUAAAGAAAAGAAAGUGUACAUAUUGAAGUAAAUGUUUCAAUUGUCGUUAGUAUUUGAAAUUCACGAACAAUGUGUUUAUUUGGUCUUUUAAAAAUAUGACGUCAUGUUUCUCUGGCGACGUAACCCUAACCUGCAUUACAAGGUGAGCAAAAGUCUUACCAGUAAUUGUCAACAGACCAAAUGGUGUAAUACGCGUGUGUUUAGAUAUGAUCUUUCAUGCUGUAUAUGUUGGUUCGUGUAAUUUAGCAUUCGUGCAAAGGUAAUACGUAUUUAUUCUUACUUUUCUUCUAAGAAUUUGUUAGCAGGGAGUUUCAAGACUGAUUGUCUGUUGAGUCUAAAAUUAAAUAGACCCUUUUCAUAAAUGGCUGCCAAUUUAAAAUUCUUUUGUAUGCAUUUAAAUUAGCCUCACUAAACUCGU